GGAUUCAGCGUGGAAUUGCCAUCGACGUCCUCUUCCAAAUAAUGACUGCACUCCAGCAUGGGCAAUUAAGGGAGAAUACAUGCUUGGCCUCGCUCGGCGUCGCAGGACACGGUUCGGCACACGAGCUCCGGUCCCGAAGUGGGUAGAUCAUGAUGUGUGUCACUUCAAUGUCAUGACGCACGCUGGCAUUGAUCGAUCGAGAACAGCCUUCCGUCUACAUGCUCAGACUCAGACUCCACGACGCAUCCUGAACCCAUGCGAGUAUCUGUGUAGUAUCUCUCUCAAACUGCCCUUAAUCUCUGCCCAGCUGUGAGCAGGUGCAGCAAAUGGAGAGCCUUCCAAACGAACUUUUCGACCAGAUCUUCUCCUUCCUCGAUGAGUUAGACCUUCGAUCCGUUUCUCAGGUCAACAACCGUCUACGCCCGAUAGCCCUGUCGCACUACCUCGCAUGUUUCAACGUCCCAGCAUCUAUUCUCUCCUCCUCUGAAGUCUCCACGCUCUCGCUGUCCAUUUCGUCUGCGUUCCAUCUGAUACUUCUCAUCUCACAUCUUCGCCCCAUUCUUUCACUAGUCUGCUUCGAAUCCCGCACCUCCCAUGGCCCUCAACUGCGCUAUCGCACGCUGGCGCGGAUCAUCUCUCAAGCCCCACCCAUCCCAGACAUCCUUAUCUACAACCGCCAGUAUAUGUUCCAGAAGACCAAGCGCGAAGCAGGCUACCUUCUCUCACGGAUCCCCUCCUCGCGCGACCGCAAGUUGUUGAUAUUCAGCGGCCACCGCACGCUCGUUUCCAUUCCCCGCACAACGCCCGCCGUCCCUUGGCGCCUGCUCCCGCCGCCAUUCUCCGCCGGAGACUCAGAGCUCCUCCGCGUGAUGCUGCUCGUGGUACUCUGCAUCCCGCUCGUCUUUGCGUACUUCGUGACGCUGAUUGUCAAUUCGGUCGUCUUCGCGCGGUGGUUGUAUGCGCUUGUGCGCGGCCCGCCGUGGCCCGCGGAGGACAGGAUCCUGCAUGACGCAGGGCCUCUCGCGUUCGACGAGUGGAUGCGCGUCCAGGUACUGGACGACGACACCACCCUCGCGACACUGGCGAACCAGGCGGCGGUGCUCGCUUUGCGCCCGUUGAGCGGCGUGGGACCCGAGAUGUAUGGCAAGGUCCUACGCACGAUGGAUCUUUCGAAGAAUCUGGUGACACUGAACAUAUUCGAGGGAUGCGGGAUCUGGUUGGGGGACCUGUUGGAAUUCUUGAGCAGACACACGAUGCUGGAGUCGCUCAACAUCCAGCACAACUCUGUUCUCCUUCCUCCGAGUGACGAGCCCAGGAAGAGCCUGUCGCUGUCCUCCAGCGCCAUCAAACAGCUCACUGCCCCUCCACUGUACAUACCGCACCUGCUUCCCAGCACCCCCAACGUCUUCCAGCUGCGACUGACUCUCCCUCCUGCCCCCCGCCGUCUGGGGCGGAAGCACAGCCAUGCCGACACUUAUCGCACAGCGCUAGCGCACAUCGGCGGGCUGCCCAUCGACCAUGAUCUGACUCUGUAUCUCGCACUGUCCCCGACGUCCCCCACAGCGCCCUGGCUGCUCGACAGCCAGCCGUCGGAUGCGGAAUCAGGCGCGCCCCCCGCCGAAGCGCAUCUCACGCACGUGGGGACGCUCGUCCUCGAGGCCGUCGGGCUGAAAUUCAAGGCGGUCCACGUGCACGCGAUGGUGCCAUGGCUGGCACGGUUCCCGGCGUUGCGGAUGAUCUCGUUCCCGUUUGGGUCGGUCGAGAAAAUCGCGCCCGAGCAGAGGGCGGCGCUCGUUGCCGAGAUUUGUGCGGCGUGUCGUGGCGUGUCGGGCGCGGGUGAUGUGGCUUUCAAUAUAUCUGAGUGAACUGACGAUCGAUGUAUUUACCCGUUGUAUCAGCUUAUGGAAUGAUUCAUGUGGACUUCGCUGUCGAUGUGCAAGGUCCUGGAAGCUACAUCGUAGGCUCGCUGCAUGUGACCGCGCCUUAAUUCCACCCGUUUUUUGAUCGACCGACACACCCUUGUCAAUCGCGACGGAGGAGUUUGAGUCCCGGAGAUCAUAGGGUCAUGAGGCCCGGACUGCAUAUGCUCCCAAGCAAGCGGUGUCCUCUCGUUCACGUCGCACGGGCAACAUCGCUCUAGAUUUUAGUUCUACUUCCUAAUCAAGUCUACGCUGCAUCUGUCGUCUAUCUCCACGGACCAAUAUGCACAUACACACGGGCUCACGCCUUCCCGAUCGUAAGCACCUCCUGUGCGGUCUUUUCACCGCUGACCACGGCUUGCACUACAUGCAGCGCCUGCGCAAAGUCGCUGAAGAGGAUGUGCGGGAUCCCUUCACGGACGCAGUACGCCGCCAGAUCAUUCUCGCCGUCCAAUUUCUCCUUCACGAAGAGCACGUCGGCGUGUCUGGCCGCAGACAUGUCUGCACAAGUCAGCACGAAGAACAGCAGGGGCGGGUUGGCGAGGUCUUUGUAUGGCAGGAUCGCGCGCGACUUGUCAUGGCCGAAGCCGCUGUACGCGCAAGACAGCUUCAGAGGGGGGAAUAAGAGCACCUGGGGAGGGCUUACCUCGAGGGAU